UGACAUUCAUCAUCCAUCCCCUUUGCAUGCUUCAAUAUUUUCCUCUCCUUGAAUUGUUACUCUGAUAAAUAAAAAAGAAUUAUAAAAUGAUUCAAAAUUUUGUUCCUCUGAAUCUCUACAAGCAUUCAAACAAUUAUAAUCUUUCUUCAUUCCUCUGCAAUUUCCGAUUUGCUAACUCCACGUGCCACCUCUGCAAUGCGGUAGUUCUCGUCUUCUCCACCCUUCUUUUCCUGUGCGGUCACACCGUUAAUCUCUUCGCUCGCCAACCAACAGUGCAACAGAAUCAUUCCAUGUGGAAUCUAUGAUCAUGACAAUCUAUGAGUUAUGACUUAUAAGUUAUAGCCAUUGACUUCUCCCGCCACCAUACAUAUAAAUGGAAACAACAGAGAACAGCCAUGCAAAUUGCAGCUCAAAGUUUCAACAAUUAUUCGAACAAUCAAAACAUAAUCCUUUUCUUCCGGGACUCUAAUAGAAACCCUUUACAAGCAGCUUCAGAUGCUGAAGAAUUAAUUACUAAAGAGAAAGUAAAAGUGAUUAUUGGCAUGGAAACAUGGCAAGAAGCAGCCCUUGUUGCUGAUCUUGGAGCCAAGUUUCAAGUACCAACAAUUUCAUUUUCUUCUCCCCCAUUAGUCUCUUUAUCAUUAAUGCAACUUCGUUGGCCUUUCUUAAUUCAAAUGGCACAUAAUCAUUCUGCACAAAUGAACUUCAUAGCUAAUAUGAUCCAUGCUUUCAACUCUCAACAAGUUAUAGCUAUAUACGAGAACAACCCUUAUAGUACUGAUUCUGGAAUGUUAAGCCUCUUAUCCGAGGCUCUCCAAAAGGUAAACUCGCAUAUUGAGUAUGUCUUAGUUCUUCCACCAUUCAUUUCUUUAUCUAAUCCAAAAGGGUUUGUUCUUGAUGAAUUGUUGAAGUUACUGCCAUUAAAAUCUCGUGUUUUUAUUGUACUUCAAGCAUCGUUACCUAUGGUGAACUAUUUGUUUACCGAAGCUAAGAAAAUUGGAUUAUUGGAGAAAGAUUCAUCCUGGAUAAUCAAUGAGGAGAUUACAAGCAUGUUGGGCUAUAUAGAUAAAUCUGUUUUAUCUUCAAUGGAGGCUGUUUUGGGAAUCAAAAACAACUACUCUACUAGCUCUAGUGCUUAUACUCAAUUGCGUGAAAAUUUGCAAGCUGAUCAUACAGAAAAAGUUGAGUCGGAACCAGGAUCAAAGGUUUUGCUAGCUUAUGAUAGCAUUUCAACUGUCACAAAGGCUUUAGAGAAAAUGAAUACUAAUUCAAUUAGUUCAAAGAUGUUGUUGGAGGAAAUGGUAUCUUCCAAUUUCAAUGGCUUAAUUGGAGAUAUAAGAUUCAAAGAAAGACAACUAUCCAACACUCCAAUAUUAAGAGUCAUAAAAGUGGUUGAUAAUGAUAAGAAAGUAAUGGAAUUGGACUUUUGGACUCCAAAGUUGAAGUUUGCUGAAUCUCUUAGUGAGAAAACAAGUGAUGGUACUACAGAAACUAGGACUUGGAAAGUACCUACAGUUACAAACCCUUUAAAAGUUGCAAUUCCUAUGUAUCCUAUAGUCGAUAAAUUUUUGGAAGUCUCUCAAAAUCAUUCUGCUUCCGGUUUUUGUAUUGAUCUUUUCAAUGAGAUCCGAGUAAUUUUGAGUGACCAGUAUUCCGGUCUUCCAUAUAGAUUUUAUACUUUCACUGAAUCUUAUGAUACUAUUCUACCUAAAGUCAUAGAUGAGACCUAUGAUGCUAUUGUAGGAGAUGUAACGAUACUUGCCGACCGAUCAAGGAAUGUAUCAUUCACUCAACCAUAUACUGAGUCGGGCUUAUCACUCAUACUUCCUGCAGAAAAUGAUGAUUCAGCAUGGUUGUUUAUGAAACCAUUUAGCUGGGAAAUGUGGUUUGCAACUGUUGUUAUCCUCAUCUACACAAUGUUUAUCAUUUGGUUCUUGGAACAUCGCUUGAAUCCAGAAUUUGGUGGACCAUUGAAAACCCAGAUCAGCAACACUCUGUGGUUUGCUUUUUCCUCUCUAUUCUCCGUUCAUAGGGAGAAAAUAAACAGCAACUCAGCCAGAGUAGUAGUUGGAGUAUGGUUAUUUCUUGUGUUGGUUCUAACCUCAAGCUACACUGCAAAUCUUUCAUCAUUGCUUACUGUCCCAAAAUUGAGGUCUGAUAGAAACAUUGAAUGGCUUAAACAAAACAAUCUACCAAUUGGUUGUGCUAGCACCAGUGCUUUUCUAAAGAACUAUUUGAUCCAAGUAUAUAAUAUCCCUCGGCACCAAAUUGUCGAUGUUGGGGGUGAAGAUGACUAUAUGGAUAAAUUCAAGAACAAAAAAAUUUCUGCUAUCUUUGCUGAGAGCCCAUAUGUGAAGCUUUUCUUGAAUAAACACUGCAAAGAUUACAUUGCAACUACAGCUGCCUAUAAAUUUGGAGGAAUGGGAUUUGUGUUUCAAAAAGAUGCUCCAAUAGCAAAGGACUUUUCUGUAGCAAUUUUAACACUAGCAGAAAAUGGAAAACUAAAAGCUUUGGAAGACAAAUGGUUAACACCUUCCAAUCAAUGCUCAAACAACUCACCAUCUCCACAAACUGAGAGUCUGACUCUUAAUAAAUUUUGGGGAAUCUAUUUAAUAUGUGCUGCCACUUCCACCAUCUGCUUAUUACUAGCUUCAUUGAAGAAGUACUUAUGUAAAGGAAAUGUAAUCGCAGAAUAUGAUGAUAAUAAAGGUAAUCAAAAUUGGACUGGACUGGAUCGGCCGGUUCAACUGGUUGAAUUUGGAACCGAAUUUGCAUCCGGUCCGAUCAACACUUCAAACCGCUAUGCAUCCGGUCCAAUCAACACUUCAAACCGCUAUGUAUCUGGUUCGUACAACACUUCAAACCGCUAUGAUAACACUUCAAACUGCUGUGAUACAGAACUGGAUAUAAAACCAGUCUGAUGCAGAACCGGAUAAAAAACCAGAAACCGAUAGAAAACCAGAAAAAAGUGGAAACCGGCAGUUGACAUGGUUUUUCAUGGUCAACCGUAUUUUGGCUUUUUUUAUGAUUUUUUCUUAUAUUGGCCAAAACAUCUAGACAAGGAUAUUUAUUUAUGUAACAGGAAAUAUAAGUAUUAGGUUAUUAGUAUUUUAAAUAUUAGUUUUAUAUUAUGUUAAUUUACCUUUGUAGCCUUUGAAACUGAAUCAAUCAAUACUCAAUAAAUUAUCUUUUUCCCUCAAA